AACUCUGGGCAUGAGGAAGAGACAAAGUUACAGGCAGAGGAUUAGAGCACAGUGACUUUUAGUGGUUUUAUCUUUCAAUUUGUGAUAUCUUUGGAUCAAGAAGACAUCAGCUUGACUGCGUUGAUGCAUAGAGAUGUCAUUUUUCUUACUCAAACUUUUACUUUAGUGAAACAACCCUACAACCCUUUUUUCUGAAAUCUACAUUAUAAGAGAAGACAGGUUUUUUUCACAUUUCUUAAUUCAUUGUUUUUCUAGGGCAGGGUUUCAGCCCAGGUCUGGUCUUGUUCAUUGGGAUUUUCAUAGAAAAUUAUAGUCAGUUUUUUCUUAACCAACAUGAAUGGCAGAGGGCAUCUCAUGAUGCUGGCUCUUUGCCUUGCCUGGCUGACAGCAGAUGUGCCUUGCCUUGCUGUCACUUGUAACAGUGGAUAUCAGAGGGUAAAGAAAGAAUGCAUAGAUUACGACGAAUGUAGUGAAGAUGGGCUCUGUGGGGAGAAUGCAAACUGCACCAACACAGAAGGCAGUUACAUCUGCACAUGUCAUAAAGGAUUCAGGGUACAAAAUGGAGUGAAUUUCAACGCUGACACAGGGGAGAGGUGCCUAGACAUCGAUGAGUGUAUAGAGAAUGAUUACAACUGCAGUCGCAAUACCAAAUGUGUAAAUGUAAUUGGGUCCUACAAAUGCACCUGCGAUGAUGGGUUUGUACCCUCUACUGGAGCAGAAAGGAGUGGCCAUGAAGGAAUAUGUGAAGGUGUUCAGAGUCAGACAUUGACUGAGUCUGAACCAGUGGUUAAAAAGCCUGGAGAAUCUCAUAAACUGACCUGUACCACCUCUGGGUUCACAUUCAGUAGCUAUGCUAUGAACUGGAUAAGACAAGCUCCUGGGAAAGGACUGGAGUGGAUUGCAUUCGUACAAACAGGCAGUACUUCAAUCUAUAACUCUCAGACAGUCCCGGGAAGAUUCACCAUUUCCAGAGACGACUCCAACAGUAAACUGUACCUACAGAUGAACAGCCUGAAGAGUGAGGACACAGCCGUGUAUUACUGUGCCCGACACACACAGUGAUAUAGUGUGGUGGGAGAGCUGUACAAAAACACUUACACUUUCAGCAGAAGUUGAAUUAUUCAAACCCUCAGUGCAGAUUAUUUAUAUUUUCUCAUACUGUUCAGUCAUGGGAAUGCAAAUGACAGAAGGUAUCACUUUAUCCCUCAUCCUACCAACAUAUUUAGCAUAAAAGGACUGCAGUACCUAUCCCAAACACUACUGUAAUAAACAACCAUCAUAGGACAAU